AUGUCUGUCGCGAACGCAGGCCAGAUAGCCGCCGCAACUUCGGCCGCCGCAGAGGAUGCCCACCGAGGCUCUAUCACCUCGCUAUACGGUCAAAACCCUGAGGAUCCACAUGCUGUUACCACCGAAGAGUCAGAGGAAGAUCAUCCCACGGCACCAGACCAGCAUGAUCCUGGCCUGAUUGCGACCAAGAAAGAGAUUUGGUUGUAUUAUAGCUACUACGUUGGCAACAAUGGUCUGACUUUGUUCAACUUUGCGCCCACCCUCUUUCAGGACUUGCUGUACAUCGCAGCCGGCGAUAGUGGAGUACUCAGAUUCCUGGGCCGCGACCGUACCAUCAACUCAAUAGUGCUGCUCGCCAAUGGCAUCAGCUUCGCCAUCCAAGUCGUUCUGUUCCUCAUUCUGGGCUCACUGGCAGACUACGGUUCCUGGCGACCAUGGAUCCUCAUCUUCUGGUCCGUCGUCGCUUGGGGCCUUGGUUUUGGCUGGCUUGGAGUGCAUACGGAAAAUAAAUGGCCUGUAGCCACCGGACUGUACAUGAUUGGCCUCAUCGCCUACCAGAUGUGCUUCACCUUUUGGUUUGCAGCCUUCCCCGGUCUUGCGCGCAAUACUCCCGAGAUGCGAGAGAAGGCGCGCGAAUACGAAGCUGGCGAGAUUGAUCGCGAUCAGUAUGAUUUUCAUGAUAUGAUGCAGCGCAAUCGAAUCAGCAAUGUGGCCUUCAUCAUGCAGAGCGCUGGAGAAAUCAUCAUUUUGGCAAUUCUCAUCGGUAUUCUGAAAGCUCUCCACGUCGAGGCCAGCGACGCCAACAAUUUAUGGGGUCUCUCCGUCCUCAUCGCCUACGCAACUGGGUGGUGGAUUCUACUUGGUGUUCCUUGGUUCAUAGCCGAGAAGCGCCGACCGGGCCAGAAGGUGCCUGCGGGCAUGAACCUAGUCUCGGUCGGCUUCUGGACCCUGUGGCGGGCCAUAACCCAGAUCUGGCGGCUCAAGCAGUCCCUCAUCUAUCUCAUCGGUUUCUUCGUGUUGUCCGAUUCCCUCAACACCACUGUCACCGUGGUUGCCACGUUGCAGAACAGUGUCGUGAGUUAUAGCGCGCUGACGCUCAACUACCUCUUCAUUGUGGGCAUUGCCGCUCAGCUCGCCGGCAUCUUCGGCUUCUGGACGGUCCAGAAACGGUUCGGCUUGAGCACCAAGACCAUGUUCGACGCGGUCAUGCUUGGCAUUGUCUUGCUCGACGGCUGGGGCAUGAUCGGCAUCUGGACGCAGAAGUUUGGCUUCCACCAUGAAUGGGAGUUCUGGGUGUACCAGGUUUGGUACGGGCUCUUCGUCUGCCCGUGGUAUUCAUAUUCGCAGAUCAUGAUCUCCGAAGUCACUCCCCGUGGCAAGGAGUUCCUGUUCUUCGCGCUGUUCUCCAUUAUGGGCAAAACGAGCGCCUUCAUCGGACCGAUUGUGUCCAGUGCCAUCAUUGACGCGGACACAACCGCUACCAGGGCUGGUAACGAGAGCCUGCCGUUCUAUUUUCUCUUUGGGCUGUCUGUCGUCAGCAUGAUGUUGUUGUACUUCUUCGUCGACCUCAAGAAGUCCAGGAUCGAACAGGACAAGUUUUUAGAAGAAGAGAGGAAGGCCAAAGAGCGAAAGGCCAGCAUCGUGUCACUAGGCAGGGCCAGUGAUGCGGUAGGGUCGGAGACGCCGGAGGAGUCGAUUGUCAAGAAAGAGGAUAUCAAGACAUGA